AGAUACAAAGUUCAGCUUUUAGCAAACCUUACAUGGUGCAACUCUUUCGAAGCGACCUUUCAAAUUUGGUCAAUGUGAUCCGUAUCUGUAUUCCUCGUUAGUGAAAAAUAGAUGCGCCGCAGAAACCAGUUUUAGACGUCCCCAACACGAGUACUUCUAUUUAUCGGCGCACUGCAGAAUGUCGAAUCGCGACGCCAAUGCGCCAGGACCACCGCAAAUCCCACACGAGUCUCGUGCUCCCAGAAAGUAGCUCGCGUCAUGACUAUCGUAAUGGCGACACGUACUGGAUUGCCUUUUGGUUCGCCGGACCACUAUGGCUUGCUCAGAUGGGUAAGUGGUCUCAACCGGGACAAUGUGCAGCACAAAUCUGUCUUGCACCAGAGGCACAUUUUUCAGAGGCCGCUCGUCCUCGCCGCAGCGUUUGAAUGAUGAGGUGCGUCAGACCGGGGCUUGACUCAUCCAAGGCGAUUUGGCGUUCUUUCGUAGGUGUAAGUAUGAUGCUGUGCUGCGCAAGAUGAGCAAGGCCUUCUAUGCACAAGAUGAUCUGCAUGACUAUAGACUAGAAAUGGCCGCGGUUGAGAGUUAUCCAGCGACUGGGGUUCUUUCAUAACCACGAGGAGGCAGAAGAUUUGAAGGGGGAUAGCUACCGCGAGGAAAAGGAGCACGAGUUCCUGCGGUUUCUUGGAGCGGGGCUGUUUGUGCGCAUACGGCUGCUGCUGCAGACUCUGGCGCAAACCGUUAGCGACCUCUGUUGCGAGGCGAGCAAUGUGGCACUGUCCGCGGUGCACGGAAGCAACUCGUCAAGUAGUCAUGGUACUAGCUACAACACGUCGGCCGUGUCCGCGCCACCGUUCCGGUUCGGAGGCGCGUUCGCGUAUCCGGUGUUCUACACCUGCGUGGCGAGCUAUGGAAGUGUCAGAGUCGAAAUUGACAAAGUCGAAAAAUUUGUGAUGCACAAAAUCGAUUUCAGUUGGAGCUUCAGUUUUCAAGUGGCGCGUGACAAAUUUUGGGAGCACCCAGGUCCAGUCUGUCAUGCUGCUUGGGCAAAGAAGACUGCUCCUGUCAUGCUACUCUGGCAGCGCAUUGCUUUGCAUGCCCCUAAACAGGCUGACAAUCGGUCUCAUUUGCCUGCUCCCCAAUACAGGCCUUCAGUGCCCUACAUUUUAUGCAUCACAAGUUUUUCGAUUUUGUCGAUUUCGAUCCCGCCACAUCCAUACGAGCGGGAUCAUCUACUGGCAGCGGGCGAUUUUGUCCAUCAUCAUGGUGAAGGGGUUGGCGCAGGAUUUCGAGCUGAGCACCUACGAGCAGGGCGAGGUGUUGUCUGCCUUUUUUGUGGGCUACAUCCUAGGUGGGUUCACCGCGAGCCGGGUGCUGCAGCGCAACCCGAUGCCGUAUUACCUGCCGAACUUCAUUUUGAAAUGUUCCCUGGUGUCGUCCGCCGUGUGCACCCUGUACAUCGCAGUGCUCGCAAAGACGAAGGCGGAACUGGAGUACGCGCGUCUCAUCACAGGUAUCGGGCAGGGCUUCUUCUUCCCCAGCUGCUACGUGUUGCUCGCCCAGGUCGUGGAGUCGCCUGGGCGCAAGACCACCGCGCUCGGGCGGAUGGGGGCCGCGACGCCCGGGGCGGUGGCGUUGACCUACUUUGUGUCCGCCGAAAUUCCCGAGUGGCACCACGCCACGGCCAUGUCGGCAUUGUCUGCCGUGCCGCUGGUGCUGUGCAUGAUCUUCAGUCGCGCGGAAAACAGGUACUUUGUUUCCAGUGGCAAUUACGAGGUGGUGCGAAACGCCAACGAUGACAUCGCCUUGGACGACUUCGCCGGCACCGCGACGCGGGCUGUAAUGGACCACGGAAAUAACCUGGACCCGCUGGAACCAUCCACCGUCUCCCCGAGCGUAUGCAUUGCAAAGGUGCUGAUGUUCUUGAGAAAGUUGAACGUUGAAAAGUAUCUUAUCAUAAACUUGCAUCAAUUUUUUUUGACUUACCUCCCUCUUUAGCCUGAGAAGGACCAGUGGAGAGGUAGCUCGCUGCGAACUUUGCGUAAACGGAAAAUGUAGUUGCUCGCGCACGACGAGCAGGUGGAAAGGAUGUCCGUUGUCGUGCAAAGGUCGUGGUUAUCUUCACGGACCUGAGUUUGAAUGUCAACAUCGGAAGGAUCAAAAGGCCGACUCCUUUGUACAGCAUAGCACAACGCUAGCAGUUAUGGAUUGUAAAAGUGUCUGGGUGUGGAAACUUGUGAUGCUGGGUGGCGUAUCAUGAAGAGGCCACAGGUGCUGGCUCAGCAUGACAAGCUUUUGAGCUUCUAGGUGUUGCCCGUUCUGCAUGACAAACUGCGUUUCUGCAGGACAGCAAUGUGGGGCGCUUGGGUAACGUGCAUGACAGAUUUAAGAGUCAUGCCAGACAAGCAUGACAAACAUGCACUCUUCCAGAUCCAGACAUAUUUGCAUUUGAUAGCAGUGAAAUGGACGCGGCAACGGGUUCGACUUUCGACGCGACCACGGCAAGUAUCAUGACGACAGCAACGGUAACCGCAACAAGUUCUAUCAUCGGGCGGCCGCAGCUUUCCCUCGACGGGUCGAGUGACCCCUUUGCGAGCCCGCGCGGUGUAGGGCGCGAAGCCGGGCAGAGAGGAUCAUCGCAGGGCCCCCACCGCGGGAUGCCACCGAACGCUUCGCUCGCGGGGUCGCUGAACCCACAGAAUUUCGGAUCGCUGCGCGCUAUGUGGUAUGAACUGCAAAAAUGUCUGGGUCUGGAAGAGUCGCGGCUUGUCAUGCACAUUUUGCAUGACCCGUGAGGUCUGUGAGGCUGGUGCUAGCAUCACAGAUUUUUUGAGAGCUUCUUGAUGCUAAUUACGCAUGAGAAAUGCCCUUUCCGCGUGCCAAGAACUGAGUCCUCUUACUGCUCAUGCAACACAGAUAUUUUUAGAAUUCUCAGACAGCAUUGCAAGUUCCACUCUUCCAGACCCAGACAUAUUUGCAAUCCAUAUGUGGCAGGACGCGGGAAGGUGGCUCUCCGAGACAUGGUACGCCUACCACCGCAUUGACCAGCAGGCUAUCAAAUGCAAGUGUCUGGGUCUGGAAGAUUCCGAGAUUUGUCAUGCAGUUUUUCGAAGCUCCCCCACGUCUGGAAUGGCUGGCCUAGCAUCACAGGUUCUGCAGCCCCUUGGUGAUGCCUAUUCUGCAUGAGAGACGCCCUCUCAGAAUGGCCAGAAAUGGGGACCUCUUGCAAGUCAUGCAGCACAGAUUGCUGUAUGAUCCGCAACACGCAUCACAAGUUCGGAUCCUUCCAGACCCAGACAUUUUUGCAGUUGAUACAGGCCGAUUGGAUUCAAUUUGCUGGGUAUCCAAAGUGAAAAAAGCCCUCACGACGACCCCUUUAUUCAAAAGCGAGAUCAUUCCUCUUGCUGCUAGAUUUGCGUAGUACACAAAGAAAUGUAUUGCAGAAAUUGCUUUUUUGAACUUGUUUCUUUCUCUUUGGUACGUAGAAGGGUAGAGAUAAUUCAUCCGCAUGGCAGACAUAGGCAAAAGCGCAUUACAGACUAGCGGACGAAGACGAACAGGCCGGAUGGUUUUCAACAUUUGCCACGUACGCAAGAAAAAGCAAAUGGGCUGAUGUGGAAAAAUAAAAAAACAGCCUGCAAGAAGAGAAAGGCUACAAAUCAGCAUCACAGAUUUUCGUUUUGAGUAUGAGGAGGUUGGAUGUUUACGCACAAUACCGUAGACUACGUUGUUCCUGCCGUGACCACCUCGCCCAAGCAAUAUGCAUUGCAAAUAUGUCUGGGUCUGGAACGUGGUAACUUGCCAUGCUAAAUCUGAAUCAUGCAAAAAUCUGUGUUGCGCAGUUACCAAAAGCCGUCGACUUUUGACCAAGUUGAGAUGGAGUUCAGUUUCUCAUGCAGGAUAGGCAUGAUAGAGAUCUUAGAGAAUCUGUCAUGCUAGGACCUGCAUUCCAGACCUCAUGGGUCAUUCCGGAACCUGCAUGACAAGUUUUGCAAGCUUCCAGACCCAGACAUAUUUGCAUUCCAUAAGCAAAGCAAGGAGACCACUGCGGGCAUGUCCCUGUACACCGCUACUAAGGCGGGCGUCGUUGCCGGUGCCAAACGGAGCGAUGGCGGGGCUGCCCUCGUGGGUCCGCCGAGCGCUGGCGGGGCUGCGCCAACAAGCACAUCCUCCAUGAGCAAGAGUUCCGCGGUAGGGAUUGAAAUUUGGCCCAUCGAAGCCUGCCCCCGCGUGCCAGGAUCAUUUCGACUUUUCUGUGCAGAUGUAAUAUGUGCACGGCAGAAGAAGUACUACAGCCUUUAUGUUUAAUAUACAUCAGACCCCGUUCGUUUUUACUUGCCUUCGCUGCGUUUUCGAUCCAAAUUCUGUGUCAUCAACACGGAGAUUGAUUGCAGCUUUCUUGCAUUUACUGAUUUGUAAAAGACGAGAGCAGAGCAGCACCAGCAUCAGAUGAGCAAUCGUCUUCGUGCGCGAGUGGGCAGCUCUAGCCGCGCACAUACAAAAAAUGCCCUCUGGGGCGGGGUGCGAGGAACAGUUUUCGUUCGAUAAAAUACUGCCACGACGUACGCAACCACAAGCAGCAAGGUCCACGUUGCCGAUGGACAACUCGAUGCGGAAGAAAUAAUAGACGACGCCGGGGUGGACGACGAGCGUGAGUUGCCAGUUCUCGUGAAAAAUACGGACGAUAGUAUCAGAGGAAUGAACGCUAGAACGUUUGAUGCGCGAAAUGCGACACCCGCACAGGUCCUGUUCUUCCUAGUAUCGAGCAAGCCGUUCUGCGCGAUUAUGGCCUGCCACUUCUGCCAUAACUGGUGUAACUUUAUCCUGUUGGCAUGGCUCCCGACUUUCUUCGGCAAGAAAAACGUGGUGAUGUCGGCCUUUCCCUACCUGCUCUGCGCCAUCGCAGCACCUAUCUUCCCCUACUACUGCGAGCGGGAGCUCGCCAAGCGCCGUGACUUGUGGCAUGUGCGGCGCGAGCUGGCCAUCGUCGCCCUUCUUUUCCCGGCCAUCCUGUUCACCUUCAUGCCUUUCGUGCACGAUCAUCGAACGCAGUCCGCCAUGUUCUCGCUCAUACUCGUUUGCGGUAUAAAAAGUGCUUUUUUCGGUAGAAGUUCUUCUUCUUGCAAUAUGUUCUCAGCGGCGCUUGCGUGCUUCCAGUUCCACGGCCGAGGGAGCACUUGACUGGCAUUGUUCGGAGCAACUUUUUUGUGAAGGUGAUUUUUUAGUAGCACAUUAAAAGUGCAGCGCAAGUGCAAUUAGAGCGAAAUAAUACGAAUGAAUUCGAAGCGGUACUAGAAGGGACGCAAUUGAAGCAGAAGAAGGAGCCGGUUAUAGGCACAAAAAAACAAAACUCGUCUGACGACUACAUGCCCAACAGGUGCCGCUAUCCAUUCGUCGGUCCUAGCUGGGCCACUCGAUCUUGCUGGGGAAUCGCAUGUUGGCACUCUGCUUGCCACGACAAAUAUGGUCGGGGCUAUUCCGGGAAUAGUCGGGGUACGAGCGUAUGCUGCAAAAAAUGUUUCCCGCCACUCCAACUGCAGAGCAAGAUGAUUAGAACGAGCCUUAGGCAGUAGAAUUCAUUGCAGACUGUUUUUAUCGGUACCUACUGUUUUGCAUGGUGCCACGGCCACGGGUCAGCGAGAUGCUGUCGCGCCCACCAGAACUACGUCGUUGAUAUUGAUUUGAUACAUCAUGGAGCUCGUCGUGGACACUUCUUUUAAAGUUCAACUUGAACGUAAUUCUUGCCUGGCAUACAAACUCAUGUUGACGUGCCAGUGCACAUGGCUCACAGGGACGCAGAAGUGUUGUCGUGCACCCUCGAGUUCUUGCAGUGAUGGAGACCGUUUUGCAUUCGAUUGAGGGGCGGCCUAUUUCAAGGAAAGCUUGGGGUGGGAAGGUGUGUUCAUCAGCUGCGCGCUGCUGUACUACGUGGCGAUCGUAAUCUACCUGAACUUCGGCAGCGUAAAACGGCUUGUAUAGGUGGACGGUAGCGAGCGAGGAGGAGACCUACGUACUUCCGCAGACCCUGGUACAACUCCUCGCCACUGUGCUGGCCAUGUAGCCCAGUUUGGUAGACAGCCUGUAUGCGACGUAUUCGUUCGAGCGACCACGCGCAACGAGAGGGCAACAACAGAUCCAAAUCUCCGUUCGCAGCAGGCAGUGGUGGAUGGCUGUUUCCACGAAAUUAUCUGGCCAUGACCGUUCCCGUAAUUAUACAAAGACAAGCAAGGGCAAACAAGUUAAUACUGACCUACCACACCUAGUGACUGAUCAUCCUUAUCAUGCAAGGGAUCGCUGGAGUCAUACGGACUGAAAUACAAAAACGAAUCAUGACGCAAUUCAUUGCAAAUCAACAACUCAGUGUUGCAAAGCAAGAGCAACUUCUAGGGUUUGUUCUGUCACUUUUGUUCGC